AGACGCAAGCGGGACGACCCCGUCAUCCGCGUCGUGUGCAUUUCCGAUACGCACAACUCCCACCAUCGGCUCCCGCCAUUGCCCGAGGGCGACAUCCUCAUCCACGCUGGUGAUCUCACGAACGCAGGGAGCGCACCCGAGCUCCACAACGCGCUCCUCUGGCUCGACGGCCAACCACAUCCGCACAAGGUGUUCAUCGCCGGCAACCACGACGCCGCGCUCGCCGAAUCCUCGGCACGCGACUACGUCCGCGCGAACUUCCCGAACCUCAUCUACCUCCAAGACGAGUCGGUGAGGCUAAAGCUGCGCGACCGCUGGCACGUCCGCGUACAUGGCACCCCACACACCCCGGGGCGCGGCGAGCGCGGCGUGUUCCAGUACGAGCGCGGCGGCGGGUAUCCGAAAGUACGCGCCAUCCCGAUCCGCACCGACAUCCUCGUCACGCACGGCCCGCCGCAAUUCCAUCUCGACGCCGCCGGGGCCGGCUGCAACUCGCUUCGGUCCGAGCUAUGGCGCGUGCGCCCGCUCCUGCACGUCUUCGGGCACAUCCACGCCGGCCGUGGCGUGGAAUACACCAGAUGGUCGUCGGUGACGACCUGGUAUGAGGGAGUAUGCAAGGGCAGAGUGGGC